CUAAGCUUGAAUUGGGCUACUACCAGUUGCCAAGGUGCACUUUUUAUGCUGUUUGAUGCGCAUGCAUUGCCAUGCAUACAUGUUGAAAAGCAGAGAUUUUGACAUUUCGACCCAGAGCGUUGUCAUGCAUUGAUUGACAUGCCUUCGCUGUUGCCUGCCACACUGCCGCUAGAACUGCCAUGCUGCUUGUAUGUUGGUUUUGAACACGCACCAGAGUAGCACCCGGUGGGAUUCUCAUGGCCAACAAGCAAGGGGCACUCGAAGAUCCAGAACAUUGACGAUCAAAAGUUCAAGGCAUCAAGCUUUUUGGGCAGAAGAGAGGACGCCUCAGCACUUCACCAAAUUAGAUUCCAGGUUUCAAUUGUGUUUCUAGGCUGACAACAACUUUGCCUCUUAGACAGCAUUCAUUCAUCAUUUUUGCAAAGCCCGCGCUGAAUUUGCAACCAGAAUUAGCCUGCAGACCUUACUCUUGCCCAAAUUCUAAGAUGUUUGGCAUGCGGUACUUCCAUGUUUUCCACAUUGGGAUUCUACUUCUUCCUUGGGUGCUCACAGGGAAGUGGACAUUCUGUUUAGGAGUUUUAUCUUAUUUUCAUCACCAGUGGAACAUUAACCUGAACCUAAUUUUGAAGGUGAAGCACCGUACAACCUUUGUAAACAAACUGCAGAAAGAGAACAUAUCAUAUGCAGAAUAUGUUUCCCUUUGCAUUGCUUGCGUUCUGUUUUUCGAUCUCCAUGUUGUACAGUUACAGUUGCUCCUUUUUUCUUAAUGCACUUUGUGCAGCUGUCAAGUUCGGGCUUGGAGACUAACCUUUUCAUUUUUUUUCCGGUGGGACUCUUUUGUUUGCAGCAGUUUGUGAAUGCUGCACAAUAUGACAUUGCUAUACUGUGUUGAUCUCUAGAUAGAACAGAGAAAGAAAAUGUGUGAGUUUGAUGCUGGAAGGGAUGUAUCUUGAACUCAUCCCGGAGAUUGAAAACACUUUGCUGACGCUUUCCUUUUUUCAAGAGACCCCCAACCUUGCGAGGAUUUGCAGGAGCCAUGUCUGGUGCAUUGCGGCACCACUUGGAGCCAAAGUGGGCCACGGGUUGAUGCGAGUUAGCACCCUUUGUUGGAAGAUUUGAGUCGAGCAGGAUGUUGCAGCACUUGGCCAAUGCCCCUGAUUCUGUCUGCUAGGGUGAUACGCUAGGACUUGUGGAGAGUAGAGUUAUAAGGCAUACAGAUGAGACUAGGCACUAAGCACUUAAGAUAUAAUAUAAGCCGCGAGACUUUCAACCUGUGCUGUGCUGCACAGCAUUGGCGAGAGACGUCUGGCUCCCUCAGCAACGCCGUCUUGGCCAGGAAGUAGACGGGUAGCUGAUGCUCUUGCAAACUGGGACAGUGGUCAAAUGCCCAUCUAUUCCUUGGAUUUGGACCGUGCUCCUGCCACCAUCAGCUCACGCCAUAUCAAGGGGAUCCCAACCUUGCUGUUGAUGCGGGAGAACCGAGUGGAAGCACGAGCCGAUGGUGCGGACUUAGAGGAUCUGUUGCGCCUCAUGGAGGCUGCGAAGCCCUAUUUGAAAGGAGCACGUCAGGACGAUGAGGAUGCUUCCAAAGUGUCCCCGAUGAAUGCCUUGAAGUCUGCCGAGCAGAUGCUGACAGAAUCCAAUUUCAGCGCCGCACAGCAGCUCUUUAGCCGUGCUCUAGAAGGCAAUCCAGAUGGUGCUUUUCGAGCGCGUUAUGGGCUGGUGCGAUGUGCCUACUGGCAGCUUGUGGCUGCAGUGAGAAAGCCGAACCAGGGCCAAGAAGGAGGUGAGGGCGGGCAGCCGUUCGAUAAGCUCGUCAAGGAGCUCUCAUCGGCUCUUUGCGAGCUCAGAGAACACCAUGAGGAGGAGCUCUUUGGUUGUGGGCAACAGGUUCGCAUUGAUAGCCUGAAGCAAACAUUGCUACUGGCGGAUGCAGAGUUGCUUGUAGAUGCUUGGACUCCGGACAAGAACCGCGGGAAGGAGGAGGAAAAGAUCUUGCACCUUUGGGCAACAGGUGAGAAGAAGGAUGCCAUCGAGCAGGCUCUUGGCUGGUAUCAGUCUGUGGCUAGCAAAGAUCUCCCUGGCCUAAUCAACGCCUAUUGCCUGCCUGAGCGCAGAAUCUUGGAUCGUCCUGGUGGCAUUCCCACAAGGAGCAUCUAUGCCCAAGUUCCUCACCUUGCCAUCGGCCCUGAGUCUCCGGGGCCGGUGGCUCCGCGUGCGCUGCUGCGGCGGUUGCUGCUGGCUGCGAUAGACGAGAACUUCAUCCAGGGCAAGAAGAGCUUGGUGGCUGAUUCACUUGCAGAUCUUGCUUUUCUCUUGGAUAAGGAGGAGUUCAUCCCUUUCUACACCCGGCGGAUUUUCCUUCGCCGUGGGGGUCGACCCACCUACGGCCUGGGCACCGGCAAGCGGAGCGGCUUCUCAAAGCGCUACUGGAUUUGUUGGCCAGAGACCUUCUACCCCAAUACCAAGAAGAUGGGCUCACCACAUUGCGACAAGAACGAUUGAGACAUGCCGGGCAUUCCGAGCGGAUUCCGAGCGGUCAACGGCCGGAGUAUGGAGUGGUACAAGUGGUGUGUGCAUGCAUUUGAUGUGCUUGCAGCACUCGCCAGCUGCCAUCGCACCCACUCCUUGGGGCUAGCUCGCAAGGUGUGAGAUGUUUCACCCAAAUAGAUCCAAAUAGGUUGGCACCUGCCCACCUGUCCAUCGCUUUUGCUGCGCAUGAGCAGGAUGGUAAAUGCUUGAUGAGUGGCUACCUGGCCAACCUCAUCUGAGGCGAAACCCUUCUCACCAAGGUAUGUUCUGUUGGAGCAGGGUUUUGAAAGGCAUGAUGUUUCUGCGCAUUCUGAUAUCACCCCUGGUUUAUGGCCAAAGCAAGUCGC